AUCUGGCUAAAGAGCUCCCAUUUCCACUCAUCAUGUCUGUUCUCAAUAACUCAGAGGUCAAGGUUUUUCUUCUGGUAGGGAUCCCAGAACUGGAACAUGCCCAUAUCUGGAUUUCCAUCCCCAUUUGCCUCAUGUACCUGGUUGCCAUCCUGGGAAACAGCACUAUCCUUCUUAUCAUAACAACAGAUCCCUCACUUCAUGAGCCCAUGUACUAUUUUCUUGCCAUGUUGGCUGUCUCUGAUAUGGGCUUGUCACUCUCCUCCCUUCCUACCAUGCUGAGGAUCUUUUUAUUCAAUGCCAUGGGAAUUUCACCCAGUGCCUGCUUUGCUCAGGAGUUUUUUAUCCAUGGAUUCACUGUCAUGGAAUCCUCUGUGCUUCUCAUUAUGUCUUUGGAUCGCUUUCUUGCCAUUCACAAUCCCUUAAGAUAUAGCUCUAUCCUCACCAGCAACAGGGUUGCUAAAAUGGGAUUAAUUUUGGCCAUUAGGAGCAUUCUCCUAGUGCUUCCAUUCCCCUUUAUUCUAAGGAGAUUAAAGUAUUGUCAAAAGAAUCUUCUUUCUCAUUCAUAUUGUCUUCAUCAGGAUACUAUGAAACUGGCUUGCUCUGACAACAAGAUCAAUGUCAUCUAUGGCUUCUUUGUUGCUCUCUGUACUAUGAUUGACUUGGCAUUGAUUGUUUUGUCUUAUGCACUGAUCUUGAAGACCGUACUGAGCAUUGCCUCCCUGGCAGAGAGGCUCCGGGCCCUAAGUACCUGUGUGUCUCACAUCUGUGCUGUGCUCAUCUUCUACCUGCCCAUCAUCACCCUUGCUGCCAUGCAUCGCUUUGCCAAGCACAAAAAUCCCCUUGUUGUCAUUCUUAUUGCAGAUAUGUUCUUAUUGGUGCCUCCUCUGAUGAAUCCUAUUGUAUAUUGUGUAAAGACUCGACAGAUCCGAGAGAAGAUCUUGGGGAAGUUGCUUAACAUAUGUGGCAGAUAAGAAUUUAAAUAAUUAUAUAAUAAAGUAUCAACUGCAUUUAGUAGCCCUUGUUGUGU